GAGGGGACCGGCAAGGAAGCGAGCGAUGGAUGCACGGUUAGGGUUUUGGGUCCAGCUUUCCAGAGAGUGGACAGAAGGUGGAAAAUGGAAACUGCGUGACGACAGAAGAAGGAGAAGAAGAUGGAGGGCAGAGUUGCACUGGAGGAGUCCGGCUGGCUGCCCACAGAGUUCACACGCAUGGUCACGCAGGUGAUGAUUGAUGGAUGGUGCCGGAAUCGAUCCAUGCGGGCGUCCUGUUCAUUGCGUAAAGCACGAGGGCGGUGCGGCCAUUUGCGGCGACAAAUUUGUUCCCAUGCAAGGUCGGGGUAGUAGUAACCUUGACGACCAACCCCAUCAACGAACCAACUAGCGAGCCCUCCCGCCAAGCAGCCAACCGAUGAAUCUGUCCGUCAGCCGGAGCUAUGAAUAUGACAUGAUGGGUCGAAAACGACCGAGGUGAUCGGCCCCACAGAGCGAGGACGACAGUCUCGCGCAAAUUUCAUUACGGAAGACACGAAGUAGGAAGUUGUGUGUGAAAUUCUACUCUGUGGACUCUGCAGGACGCGAUCCUGCAACGCACACAGGCACGCAUGCGCUGGCAAUUCCGUAGAGAAAACGACCGGCGAGGGCGACGGGGUUUUGGGUACUAGGGUUUGAUUACAUUGUGUCGAAUUCUGCAUUGAGUCAGUAGGGGAUGGAGUGACUGUAUUAGUGGCCAUUCGGGUACUGCACUCGUAUUCUGAGAGAUCCCGUCUGUCUCUUGGUGUAUUGUCUGCCCUAAACAGAGGGCAGGCGUGUUCUCUGGAUGACCUAUCGAGUAUGGGGCUUCUCCAGGAGUUGUAGAAAUGUUGCGACGAUGGGGUGGAAUUGAGUACGGGGCGGAAAUUGCUUGCUGCGAGUUUCUAUCAUCUGAGUAUUUUUGGUAAUUGUGUCACCUCGGUACGUUAUCGGAUCCGAGUUCUGGAGCGGUGAAUAUGUUGAGUAGCUGAGAGUUGAACGAGACAAUAUGGAAGAUCUGCAGAAUGGCAAUGGAUGUGUGGAACCAACUGCAGGUCCAACUCCAAGUAACGUGGAGGUGGCUGUAACCAGUACCGAGCUAGUUGUGUUCGAUCCCCAAGGGCCAUCUCAGGAUCAAACGAUGGUCGAUGUGGCCGGCACUGAGGCCGUGGAUGAGGUUCCUAUAGACCCUAGAACAAAGUACGAGAUUGGAGCGCUCGUGGCCUGCAUUGCAAGCUGGGACAGCUUCUAUCACUCUGCAGAGAUUGUGGAUAGACGAGAGACCAAGACUGGCGUGGAGUACUAUGUUCACUACUUAGAAUAUAACAAACGUUUAGAUGAGUGGAUUUCGUACACACGAAUGGAGGACUGGAAUCCCGAUUCAGGCCUCCCGUCCAAGCUGUCCAUCACAGAGAAACUGACACCACUAGUCAUACCUGGAACUCCUGCUUUAAAUGGGCCUGGGUCUGGAGAUAACAAACUUGACACUCCAGGAGCUUCCGACCGUAAGAUCACAAGAAAUUUGAAGAGGCGCUACGAUGAGCUCAAUAACGUGCAAAAGGGAGUGGAGGAACUCGCACCGAUUGAUCAAACCCUAGAAAAAGAGCACGAGGAGAAAACUAAGGUGAAGAACAUCCAGGUGGUGGAAUUUGGCAAAUACGAGAUUGACACAUGGUACUUUUCACCUUAUCCCGAAGAAUACGCCAACGUUCACAAACUCUACAUUUGCGAGUUCUGCCUCAAAUACAUGAAGAAGAAGAAGAGUAUCGAGCGUCACAAGAUCAAAUGCGAGCUAAGACAUCCUCCAGGAGAUGAAAUAUAUCACACGACCUCAAGAGGAGAUCUAAGCUCACAAGCAGAAGACCCGUCGACGAGCAACCAGACAAGAGCUGCUGGAGGGAGGGGAAAGCCUCAAAACCUAUCCAUGUUUGAAGUGGACGGCAGAAAGAGCAAAAUGUACUGUCAGAAUUUGUGUCUGCUCGCAAAGUUGUUCUUGGAUCAUAAGACCCUUUACUACGAUGUGGAAGCUUUUUUAUUCUACAUAUUAACAGAGUAUGAUGAGUUUGGCCAUCAUCUGGUCGGCUAUUUUUCGAAGGAGAAGUGCUCAGCGGAAGAUUACAAUCUAGCAUGUAUAUUGACUCUUCCUCCAUUCCAACGGAGAGGAUACGGCCGUUUUCUCAUCUCUUUUGCAUACGAGUUGUCUAAGAAAGAGAACAAAGUGGGGACUCCAGAACGACCUCUUUCCGAUUUGGGUCAGGUUAGCUUUCGCAGUUACUGGACAAGGGUUCUCCUGGAAAUAUUGCGAGAUCAUCGGGGAAAUCUCUCCAUUAAAGACUUGAGUGCCAUGACGGCAAUCAGAAACGACGAUAUCAUCACCACUCUCCAGUCUCUGAAUCUUAUUAAAUACUGGAAGGGUCAACACAUUAUUUCUGUGUCUGCGAAGAUCGUGGAUGAACACUUGAAGAGCGUCGGUGCACAACCACAUUGGUCCAUUGACUUGACUAAACUACAUUGGACUCCACAUGCGGGUUCUGUAGUGAGAAAAUCAAGAUAGGGAAGACAUUCGAAUCACAUCUGUACCUGGUGAAGUGAAUUAUCAAGGGAGAUGUACAACUGUUCAAAAUGACAAGUAGUUUUUGAAUCCUGAUUCUCACAGAGCCCUUGAUUCUGAGCUUGUCAUUCAUACUUGCCCAUUCGCUGCGGCGAUGGAUGUGCAAAGAAGUUAUAAAAAGUUCAUUUCUGA